AUGGUCCUCCAAGCAAUCAGAGCCCUGGACGUGACGUUGCGUGAGGAGGGGCGGGACCUUGCAUCCCGGAAGUGUUGUCGCCAGCUGUCUCUUCAUUGUCUCUCAAGCAAAGGAGUCCGGCAGGAGUCCGGAGCGGAAGGAGAGCCGGUUGGUGAGGGGAGGGCGGCGCAGAGUGAGGAAUCGCCGAUGGGGAGUCCGGAGCCGGUGGGGAGCCGGGAGACGUUGGAGGGCGGUGGGGGGCCGCCCGGCUGCGGGGUCUGCGGCCGGAGGUUCAGCCGGGCCGCCAACCUGGCCAAGCACCGGUGCCAGAAGAAGGCGGCGCCGGCUCACCGCUGCGCCGACUGCGGCUGGGCCUUUGGCUACCCCUCCCAGCUGGAGGCCCACCGGCGCACGCACACCGGCGAGAAGCCCUUCGCCUGCUCGCUCCCCUGCGGCAAGGCCUUUACCCGCCUGUCCAGCCUGCUGGCCCACCGGCGGACACACACCGGGGAGAAGCCCUUCGCCUGCUCCCUGUGCGGCAAGGCCUUCACCCGGGCCUUCAGCCUGCUGGCCCACCGCCGGUGCCGGCACUCCGGCCAGCAGGCCUACGUCUGCCCGCUCUGCGGCAAGGGCUUCGCCCAGGCCUUCCACCUCCUGACCCACCAGCGGGUCCACACCGGCGAGCGGCCCUUCCAGUGCCCCGAGUGCGGCAAGGCCUUCGCCCAGUCCUCCAGCCUCCUGACCCACCGGCGGGUCCACACCGGCGAGCGGCCCUUCCGGUGCCCCGAGUGCGGCAAGAGCUUCACCCAGUCCUGCAGCCUCCUGCGGCACCGGCGCAUCCACACCUGACCGAGCAGCGCAGGGGUCGUGGGGGGUUGGGGGGGGGGGUAGUAAGGAGUCCGUGCCAGGCCGGCGGUGCCCGGGAAGCUCACCGUUCCCGGCGACGAGAGGAAGAACACUGGUGACCCCCCCCGAGGCAAGCGGACCUCCACACCGCCCCCCCCCCCAACCCAACCCAACCCCCACCGAAGUUCCUCCCCUCUUCAGCUCGAAGGACUUUGCGCCUGAAACUUGUUUCCCAAUAA